AUGGCUUUAGAUGAUGUUUGCUCUGUACCUCGAUUCCUUAGCCGAGCAGAAUUUAUGGUUCCCGUGCCAGAAGUUAAGAUGGCUAGGCCAUACGUAGGCUUGUUUUCUAAGACUUUUAUAUGUCGUGAGAGAAAGGUAAAAAUCAAUAGUGAGGAAUUGAGCAAAGAGAUUGCUUUUGAUGUCGAUGCAUUAUACCGUGAUACCUCAAGUAGCUUGAUUCCGCACUUUGCGAAACAGUUGUUACGGUUAGAGGUGGCCGCUGAAUGCCGGCUUAUCCUUAGCCGAAAAGGAAUGUUCCUGAUAUUCGCGCCAGACGUUAAGACGGCUAGGCCAUGA